AUGGCGCUAUCACCGCCGCCGCUGCCCUCACGAUUUCCGUGCUGGUGCCGGGCCAUCUAUUCUUGGGGAGGCGAGUCAAAACGCGACCUAGGAUUUAUCGAGGGCGACUUGAUCGAAUGUCUGAAUGCUGGAGACGGUUCGUGGUGGGUAGGCAGGCUAUUUCGAGAUCGGAGGACUGUCGGGUCUUUCCCGUCCAAUUUCGUCGAGGUGCUACCAGAAGACUUCCGGCCAACAAAAACACCGAGUCCUAUACCGCCGAAUAUAGCGUCAGGGCCCAAGGCGGUGCCGCAAAAAUCACGAACAUUUCGGAAACCGUUCGAGGCAUAUGCCAAAGCGCCGCAUUAUACCACAGCAAAGCAACCAGAAACAUUUCGAGAAACACCGACGUCGCGUCUCAAGGAAAAGCCGUCUAGGGUGUCAACCACAUCAUCGCGAUCAAGGGGAAAUUCGGCCGCAGCCUCAAGUACUGCUCUUGUCCUUGCGAGGAGUGCUCAUGAGGAUAUCGCUCGCGCUCCUUCUCCCUCAAUCUCACCGGCAAAUGGAUAUGGAUCUAGAGCUCCUUCACCGGCUCCUUCCAUGGGUCACUCACCGACUCGUCCACCGAGCCGGUUGGAAAAUAUGACGAGGAGCGAUUCUCCACCGCCUCCGGCACCACCACCUCACAGACAUGUUGGGCGGGCAGAUCCCGAUGAAGGGACACAGGGCUAUCAGUCAUUAUCGAGGCACGGUUCCUCAGUGUCAUACAAUCCAUCCAGCCUAUCACGGCAGGGCUCUACCGUUUCAUACAACCCCGCAGAGAUAACACGAACGGGGUCUACCGUUUCAUACAACCCAGCGGAUAUAACAAGAACGGGUUCUACCGUUUCAUACAACCCGGCAGAUAUAACAAGAACAGGCUCUACCGUUUCGUACAACCCCAUGGACGUUAUGCGUUCUACCGUGUCGUAUAAUGGACCAGAUAUCCCAAGGCACGGCUCGGCCAUGUCGUACGAGCCAUACAGUCCAAAUCGUCAUUCCAACGGCUCUUACACUGAUCUUCAAGAUCUAACAAGGCAGGCCUCAUACGAUUCCUACAACGAUACCAGCUAUGAGACUCAGCGUAACGGAUACCACACACCCAGGGGUGGAGGUUCCCAUCGACCAUCUAUGGAGGGAAGCCACAUGACGCCAUCACCAUUACGCGAAGCAAUGGAUGAUGUGAUGCAGCAGCUAGAUCGCUUGGAAGGCAUUGGAGGUCGCGAGGCGGAGUCGCCAGAGAGGGCAUUGGAGCGGACGUUUGAUCCCUGGUCCCCCGAUUCUUUCGACCUGGUAGCACCGCAACAAAGACAAAAGGAACGAGGGGAACGAGGGCGCAUCAGGCCACUGACGUCGAUAGGAAUAGCGUUUGACGAAGGUUACGAGACUUGGAGUGGAAAUUCUUCACACAAUGCAUCACAACAAGAUGGACAUCGCGAAAAGCCCUACGACCCCCAUCUGAGCAAUUACGUGGAGAGGAUGGAGAAACAGAUUCAGAGAAUGCACCAACACAGCUCGAGUAUGCCAGCCGUGGUGAACCAUGAAGAUGACGACGAUGACGAUGACGAUAAACCCCCACCCCCACCGCCAAAGGGCCAUCCUUAUUCACGCCCAAAAUCGUCCACCGGAUCAACUGUAGGAGAGUUGGUUACCAUGGAUAAAAGGACACGGGGACGAAAAUAUCCUUAUGAUAGAGCAGUGGGUAGUAUCGAGCGCACCAAUACGACAAAAACGACCCAAACGAAUGCGUCAACCGGUAAUCAGAGCAACAGUAGCUCUUCGACCCAGAGUACAAACAGGACCGUUUGGAGCGGCGUCUCUGCCGGUGGUUUUAGUGCGACAAGCGCCGGAAGCUUGGCUCGGACCGCCCACCGUGCUCAGAGUUCGUUUAGCAUGCGCAACGAUGAAGGGGACCGUCCUGACUCGCCGUUUACCGGCGUGACUUACCACAGCAGUCAUGCUAGCAACUAUGCCGGAGGUGGUAGCGGAAGUGGGUUUUCUCGGCCGAUAUCUCAGGUUGGCAUUCACGAAGAUGGUACCCCUGGAUUGGGCGGACUUGUCGCGCCCAAAUCACCAAAACGAAACAUCUUCAAGAAGAUCCUCGACUCUGCUAAGACGGGCGUCGCUAGCAACCGGGGCAGCAUCGCCGCUGGCCAUGUGCCCACUGUGAGGUCCUCGCCCUUUGCUCGCCUGCAGCAACCGCAUAGUGUGGCACCCGGAGCCAGCAUGCUCUCGCUGAGCGGCGCUCGCUCCAGACGCGAUGCCGCCAGGGAGAUGGGCCUUGGCGCUGCCAUCGACUGGGUCCAAGUCCGCCGAGAUGUCAACCGCUCCAAUUCCGUCAGCAAGAUCGAGCGGACCGAGCGCAGGGAGCGCUGCCAGAUGCAAGACCACCCCACACUCAAUCCUGUCGAUGAGCUCUAUGAGGGCAUCGAAGGUGACGAAGGGGCGGACGGCAUGCCCGUUCAUAAGCCAGAGAAUUACCACAUGAUAAACCUCGCCCAGGUGGAUAAGAAUUCCCGUUUCAUAAAAGAGCCGCCUCAGGGGACGACGGUGGCGACGCUCGCACAGACUUACAUCUGCAGGCCGUACAGGAGCGAUCUACAACGGCUUCGUGCGAUAUUUACUUGGGUGGCAGAGAAGAUCACCUGGGAAGAAGAUUUCGAGGGUGACGCCGACACCGAGCGAACCAUCCAUGCAAAGAGAGGCUGCGCAGAGGAGUAUGCUUGCCUUGUGAUGGAAAUGUGUUCUGCCAUUGGGCUGCACUGCGAGGUUGUAAGGGGUUACCUGAAAGCCCCAGGCGACAUUCCCGACCUUAAUGUGAUGCCCAGAUCCAACCACUGGUGGAACGCAGUUAUUGUCGACGACGAAUGGCGCAUGAUUGACACCUGUCUAGCAAGUCCCUCGAACCCCAAACGUGCCCUCUACUCCAGCGUCUCCGGAUCCUCGGCAGACACCUGGUGGUUCCUCACACGGCCUACUGAGCUGUGCUGGACGCAUGUGCCGGAGCAUCACGACCAACAGCAUAUUGUGCCCCCAGUAGCCUAUGACACGCUGCUCAACCUGCCAUGCACAUGCCCGGCAUACUUCAAGAACGGCAUCGAGCUGGUUGACUUUAACACUAGUCUGACCAGGAUAGAAGAUCUUGAGAUGGUCCACAUCAACUUUAACGUACCGGCCGACGUUGAGAUUGCAGCCGAAGUUGAAGCACGAGCACUAUCAAAGGACCAUGAUGGCGAUCUAUUUGAGAAUGGUGAUAUCGUCAAGAAGAAGGCGCUGGCGCAGGCUGAGUGGUUCAAUGGUGUGAAGCGCUACACAGUCAAGGCGCUACUCCCUGGUGACGAAGGCCAGGGCAUGCUGAAAGUCUAUGCCGGGAAAAGGGGCUUGAUGCAAAGCAUCAAGGAUAUUCCCCAUCCUUUGGCCUUUACUCUACCCAUCAUCCACGCGGGCGAAAAUCCGCCCUAUGAAUUUGUUACGCGACAUCCGACGCCUCACGCACAGAGGCAUGAUAUUUAUGUUGUCCAACCUCAGUGUCAGCAACUGGCUCUGAACAAUACCUUUGUCUUUGCUAUCAGACAGCACCCCAGCUCCAUUUCAGACGGGCCUCUCACACCGUCGUCGAAUCCUGGAUCGGCCAGCCCAAUUCCCUUCAUUCGGCCAUCUUCGGCGAUGAGUGUCAACGCUUCCAGCGCGAGCGGGUCGAACCCCAGCUCAGCCAGCGGGACCGUUGCGGGAAAGAAGCCUGCCAAGCUGGCAAUCCAGACACCGGGAGGCAAGAUUCUUCGUCUUAUGAGAAAGGAGGAGCGCAAGGGGAUCAGCGUUGGAUCGCGGACCCCAGACGAAGAGGUCAGCGACGGCGGCACCUGGGAGACGAUCAUCAAGUGCUCUGAGAGGGGCGUUUGGCGAGGCCUGAUACAACAGCAGCAACAGCAACAGCAACAGCAACAUAACCAGCAGCAGCAGCUCCACCAUGGCCAGCAGUCCAUGUAUCCCGGCGCCAUGGGCCACGAGCAGCAGCAGCAGUUCUACCAGCCUCAGCAACAACCUCAGCACGGCAUGUACAUGCAGCCGCAGCAGUUCCACCAGCCGUCGCCGUACGGCGUCAACUUCAACGGCUUCGCCAACUACGAGGGCGGCGGCCACCACCUCCCGCCGUCGGGCCAAUAUCUGCCGCCGAACAACGUCUGGCAGCAGCAGCAGCAACAGCAUCACCAGCAGCAGCAGCAACAGCAUCACCACCAGCAGCAGCAGCAGGCCAUGACGCAGCAGCAGGCCAUGACGCAGCAGCCGAUGCAGCACCAGGCUCUCCCUCACCAGCAGUUACAGCAACACCAGCAGCCUCUCCAACAAGUUCACCAGGUCCAGCGCCAACAGCCGCGCCAUCAACCUCCUCCGAUAUAUCAUAAUCAUACACCUUCGCCUGCGCCCUCCCUUCCUCCACAGCCGUCGCCCGUAAGAAGCCACGCGCUGCCGCCGACACGACCGCCGUCUAAUCCGCAACCGAUACAAUAUCAGUCGCCUGUGCUUCAACCGGCACCUCAACUGGCGCCGCAAGUUCAGCAGCAGCAGCAGCAGCAGCAGCAGCAGCACCAACAACAACAGCGACAACAGCAGGCAGAGCAGCAACAUCAACACUAUUCGCAACCUCAACAGCCUCAGCAGCAGCCUCAGCAGCAGCCUCAGCAGCAGCCUCAGCAGCCUCGGCAACAGCAGCAACAGCAGCAACAGCAGCAACAGCAACAGCAACAGCCACCCCUACCACCACCGGUGCCGCCGCAACCACAGUCGCAACCGCAACCGCAACCGCAACCGCAACCGCAACCGCAACCGCAACCGCAACCGCAACCGCAACCGCAGCCUCCCAUACCUCAACCACGCCAGAUCGCUGAGCAGCCUCCCAUACCUCAACCGAGCCAAAUCGCUGAGCAGCGCCAGCAGGAUUUGCUUCCUGAGCCGCCGCAACCUCCUCAAUAUGUGUCUCCUUCAGAACUCUUCCAGCAAGAGCCGAUGCAUUAUGUCAAUCUUCAAGAUAUCCAGAAGCAGCCGUCGAUUACUUCUCUACCUAUAUCAACGACCACGAGUUCGCCGAUUGUAUCCGUCACCAGCCAAGAAAAACCCAAGGAGACUGUCGUUGUCAAACCGCAGGAAAUUGUCAUUGUCAAACCCCUGUAUCCCAGUGCAGCGAUCAAGCAGGAAAAGCAAGAGGAUGAUUCUAUUGCAACCCGAGUGUUUCAGCAAGUUCCUGACGCCCGCAUCAAACGCAGCCCGCAUUCCUCAGUCACCAACUCACCUUCACUAUCCAUGAGAUCCCCCAGCAUCACCAAAAAGUCGCCCGCAGUGACACCUAAACCUCGGCCCGUGAACACGGCGCCUUUGAUGAUUGCCAUUGCGGAAGAAUGCAUCGAGAAGGCGCGUAACGCCUCUCACGACGUGGCCAUGACUCUAUGUCCGAACCAAGUCGACGAAUACCAAGAGCUGAUUGCGACGUCAUUAUCAUGUCUAGAGGCUGCGCUGCAGAGCAAUCCCCAGCUUGCGCCGCGGGAAGAGGCGCGCGUACGAUUAAGAUACGCCGCUCUUUUACAAGAAGAGACGGAGAAUUUAAUGGAGGCGGAGACGGCUCUGGCAAAGGGCAUUCCGCUUUGCGACAAGCACCGCCUGUUUGACCUUAAAUAUUGCAUGCAGUAUCUCAUGCUCAAGGUUCUGUUCCAAAGAAAUCACAAAGCGGCGUUAAAAGCGGUAGACGGUCACAUAUCUAACUGCGAAGUAUUCAAGCAUGUGCAAUGGUACUAUGCGUUCCGCUUAUUAAAAGCUUCCUUUUAUCUUGAUAUUGGAAGCGUAUCAGACACGGGCGCCCUCGACAACAUACGAGCCAUCCAGAAUGUCGCCAACACCAGAGGCGACACCGCGCUCUCUGUUCUCGCCUCACUAAUAGAAGGCUUCACUCUCCUCAAGACGACCAAGGAUGGCAACAUGGAGAAGAUCCAGGCCUGUAUCGCACAAGUGGCCAAAUACCAGUUCGACCCGUCGGUGCAAAUCACGCAGCUCACCAUGCUGACCUUGCUGCUUGAGGUCGCCGCAAGUCUACACCACCAGAACCCAGACCAUACGGCUCAGAAGCUACGGCAGCUGCAGGUGUGCCUGGACGAUUGCGAAGAAUGGCAUAAUGUCAAGUCUGACUUUCUCGUGCCUAUCAAGAAGGAGUCUUCUGCGGCCAGGACUGUGAGCGAUGAUACUCAGGCUAUUCUGCGGCUGGGCGAGGGUGAGGGCGAGAUGGAUUAUCUGGUCAUGACGUUUAUGACAAAGAUGGAGCUGAGAUCGCUCGUAUUUACCAUUAGCGGCCUGGCCAAUUUUCACAAGCCUUCUUCACAAGGCCGUAGAUCAACAGAGUUCUGGAAGGAAGGCCUUAAGAUACUCGAGACAUGGGACGCUUCAACGGCUGGUAUACCUUACGGCGCCCCCAUCCCCUUGAACGUGGCGAUUAAGCAGCGGGCCUGGCGGAUAGAAGCUCAGGCUUACCUGACUGUUCUCCUGGGAUUGGUGGCGGCAAGUCACUGUCAAUGGGCAACGGUCAAGCAAAUGGUUCAGAAUCUUGAGUCUUUUGUUUCUCCCUCAACACAGCCUACUGUGAGAUUGCUCUCGACCUAUCUAAAAGGCGUAUAUCACCAGGGCAUCGGCAGCCUCCAAGCCGCCGUGGACAUCUUCCUAGAUGACCGCUUCAAGGUCCAUCAGCAAGGAAGCACCGGGAUCAAGGCCGGACAGCAGGAGAUUGCGCUGCUUGCGGGCCUGAAUAGGCUUUGGAUCAUGCAGCACCCGUCUUGUCGAAACGACCAGGAAACCUUGGAUCUCAUCGAGCAGCUUCAGCCUCACUGUGCCAACCACAACAACAUCGAUCUCCGGACUGCCUGGCACAACGUCAUGGCGGCCCUUGUGACGGAUCCCCCUCAGCAGCUCAACCAACAAAAACAGCACAUCCACGCUGCCAUGGCUGGCUCCAAGGUCACUAGUAACGUGCUCGGAGCCGCCGUCACGCUCUGUAUCAUGCGCAGCCGCUUCUUCGAAAACGUCAUUGGCGAGCAGGCACUCAAGAGCGCUCGAGCGGCAGCCAAGCAAGCGGAAAGGAGCGGCAACGUACUGUGGCAGAGCGUGGCAGACGGCAUGCUGGCGCAGUCGUAUGAGGUGCAGGGACAGAGAGAAGAAGCCAAACAAGAGUGGGACAAGGCUACCGAGGAAGCCAGAGAUGCGUUUUCCCGCAGCUUGUGA